AUGCCUUCAGGAGCAAUUAGAGAUCAAGUCUUUGGAGGACUAACACGAUUAAGAACCAUGUAUAUUAAUUCCAACCGUAUCACAUAUGAAAAUGAUAGUAAGCUGAACCCCUCCCCCCCCUCUCUAACUUGUCAUCUCUCAAAUAUCUGGAUCUCUUCAGCCAGCGUCCAGAAGGAAUGCAUAAUCUACCGUCAAACUUUCUUGACUGUUUGAAAUCUUUAACAAUCAGGGCAGGGAAUAUUUAAUAUUGAGUAUCUGCACCCGGACACAUUCAUAUACACACCAUGGUGGAGGUAACUUGACAUUAGCAACAUUAUAACUACAACCCUCACUCCAGAGCUGUUUCACCCAAUCCCAAACUCAGGCCAAUCUAUCUGUCAACAUUUAA